AUGGGCGAGGGCAAGGCGUUGCCACCCAAGCCAAAGGGGCAUGCUUGUCUCGACGGGGUCAUGGAGCCGUGGUUGCAGUUGAUGUGUACGCCGCUGUUGAGCUACUACACGGUCGAAAAGGGGAUCUGGUAUGGAGCCGUCAUGGUUGUCACCUUCGACAAGGGUUCGAUCUACUCUCCCUACCCUUUCCUCGAGCUGUCCUCGAAACCUUCCAAGUUCGCCAACCACUCGGGCCGGUUCUCCCACGCUCCCGAUUCCAAACCUUGGAACGUUCAAGGAGAACCUUUCCACACCUACGCCGGACCUCAGGGCGUAUCGACCUUUUGGCGUUUCAUGCUCGAGAUCCCCGUGCAAGAGUGGGAACAGUCUAUUCAGUAUCGCGUCAACGGCGGUGGACCUAUCGAGUUCCUCGUAGCUGCCGCUAGCGAGAACUUUAGGUGGGCGGCGCAUAGCUGUAACGGAUUCAGCGCUGGGGUGGAUACGGACAGCUUCAAGGGAGAAGGAUUCGAGAGCGGAUUCGACCCGGUGUGGGUUGAUCUCCUCGAGAAGCACGAUCAGACGGGUCUACAUGCUUUAGUUGGAGGUGGAGAUCAGCUUUAUUGCGACUCUCUGACCUUGGAGCCGGAGCUGCACGAUUGGGUCAACGAGAGCGACAAGGACAAAAAGAUGGUCAUGCAAGUCACGGAUGAGAUCAAGUUUGCCAUCGACCGAUACUACUUUUCCCAUUACUGCAAGAUGUUCCGAGGCGGUGCAUUCGCCAAGGCCAACUCGACGAUCCCGAUGAUGAACAUGUUGGACGACCACGACCUCAUUGAUGGAUUCGGUUCUUACGAGGACGAGACCAUGCGAGCGCCCAUCUUCAACUAUAUCGGAGGUCGAGGGUAUUUCUGGUACCUCAUCUUCCAGGUCUUUUGUAACGACGCGGUCGACGGAAUCGACAGGACUCCCGGAUCGCACCCGAUCAAGAGCAUGGUCAUCUGUGCUCCCGGAGAAUACAUCCCUUACCCGAACCACUCGCAGAUCAGCUACAUGGGACCCAGCGUCGCUAUGUGCAUGGUCGACUGUCGAGCCGAGAGGCGGUUGGACCAGAUCUGUACCGAGGAUACCUACGACACGUUGUUCAAGCUGUUGAACAAUUUGCCGCCCUCGACGGAGCAGUUGAUCAUGUUGUUGGGCGUACCCAUUGUCUACCCGAGAAUGUCGAUCGCGGAGAACAUCCUGAGCAGCAAGUUCAACCCGUUGAACCUUGUCGCCAAGGUCACGCCAAACCAUUUGGCCGGAUACACUAACAAGUUUGACCAAAAUGUCGAACUGCUUGACGAUUUGAACGAUCACUGGUGUGCUAAACCGCACAAGAGGGAGCGAAACGCUCUCGUUUUGCGGCUGCAAGAGUUGGCUCUUGACAAGAAGCUACGAGUCAUCUUCUUGUCUGGUGAUGUCCAUUGUGCUGCUGUCGGCGAAUUGCACACUCUGUAUCACAAGGAGAAGAACAAGGUUGAGCCUACGUUAGACCACAGGUUGAUGUUCAACGUCGUCUCUUCUGCCAUUGUCAACACGCCUCCUCCUUUCGGUCCGGUAGCGCUGAACAACCAAUUCGCUUCGCACAAGCAUCGAACCCUUCAUCACCACUUUACCGACGAGGUCCAGCUUCCUCUGUUUGAGAUUGACACCGACGGAUCCUCGAGGACGAGGAUGCAAUACGUAAUGGACAAGCGAAACUAUGCGCUGUUCAACUUCGAUCAUGGUACUCAUGACCUCAACAUCGACGUCAUGGUUGAGAUCAAGCAAGGAGAAGGGAAGACCAAGGCUUAUCGAGUCGUAGCCCCGCCUCCCAGGUGGUAA